AUGAGAGAAUUUACAGAGGUGGACAGAGGUGUUACUCUAAGUGAAGCUCUCCUUAGGCAUGAUAAAUGGCUUGAGAAGAAAGGGAUAAAAACUACCAACUUUGCCGUUGUUACAUGGUCAAACUGGGACUGUCGGGUGAUGUUGGAAUCAGAAUGCAGAUACAAAAAGAUACGAAAGCCUCCUUAUUUUAACAGGUGGAUCAACUUAAAAGUUCCUUUCAGCGAGGUUUUCAGUGGUGUUAGGUGCAAUCUAAAGGAGGCGGUCCAGAUGGCUGGCCUGGCAUGGCAGGGCCGUGCUCACUGUGGUUUGGAUGAUGCUAAAAAUACAGCCCGCCUACUUGCCCUUCUUAUGCGCAAGGGCUUCAAGUUCUCAAUUACAAAUUCGAUGUUUCAUCAGUGUACCGAUCAAUCCUUGACAGGGAAGCAGCCCCAAGAACACCUGCAAUUUCCCCUUUAUCAACCUCACAAACUGAAGGAUCUGCAUGUUCCCAUAAUCCAAUUCCACCCUCAUUGUUACUGUGGAGUGAACAGCAGCAAAGGGAUGGUUCGGAAACCAGGUCCAAAGCAAGGUAGCCUCUUCUUUGGUUGUGGGAACUGGACUGCUGCUAGAGGUGCCCGUUGCCAUUACUUUGAAUGGGCUUCUUCUUGA